AUACCUCGGUGCUGCUCACCGCAGUGCCUGCCUCCUGCUCACUGGGUGGAAACUCCCUCUGUGGGAGUGUGUAACGGGAGCAUGUGUGGACAGAACCUGGGCGGUGGGUGACUGUUGGCCCCACUCUCGCGAGAUUUCGCUGAAUGCCCUGGGGAGCGUAGACCGCUCCAGUCGCGUCGAGCCCACUCUGUCCCACCGCAGGGCUGACGAGCGGCCACGGAGGGUGGACACACUGAGCCGGCGACAAAGGGCUGACCGUCCGGCACCAUGGAGCUCAUCUGCCGGCUGCAGCAGAGAAGGAGGAAGUGCCCCCUUCCGUGAUAGAUGGCCACCAUGGAGCUGAGAUAACCUCUUCCUCUGUCUUUAACCAAUCACGGCUCUGGAUCUAGUACAACCAUGGCAACGUGGCGCGGUCUACGAGUGGCGUUCCUCCUGGGGUCUUUGUUUAUGAUCCUGCUGAUCAUCGUCUACUGGGACGACGUUGGGGGCUUCACCCUCUACCCGCUGAGGGAGCCCAAACAAGACAUGCAUCACUCUGAUGACGCUCAGGCGACUACAGGCCCGCCACACUCUGCGUCAACCAGUUCUUCUUUCACUGCUUCCAGUACAACACCGGUCCCCAAGGAGAGGAGAGGAGGAGCAGUGGAGCAACAAGUAGAGGAGGAGGGCAGCGACAAACAAGAACAGAGGAAGGAGGCAACCAGGGAGGAUGCAGAGGAGGAGAUGAGUCACACUACCGAGGUGGGUGGGGAGCAGGAGGCGAGGAAGAAGAGGAUCAUGGAUAUGUGUUCAGGAAAGGAUGCAGUGGAUUUCCCCGGAAGGACCCGGACAUUUGAGCAGAUCCCCAACAGGGAGCUGGAUCACCUGAUAGUGGAUGACACACACCAGAUUAUCUACUGCUUUGUUCCCAAGGUAGCGUGCACCAACUGGAAGAGGGUGAUGGUGGUUCUGUCUCAGUCCCUGAUCUCACCCUCCUCAGGAAAGCCUUACACCGACCCAGAGGCUAUACCUCCUGACAUCGUACACAACUCCACUCUCCACCUCACUUUCGCCAAGUUUUGGCGCCAUUAUGGUUCUCUUUCCCGCCACCUGAUGGCACUCAAGCUCCAGCAUUACACCAAGUUUCUGUUUGUUCGAGACCCCUUCGUUCGUCUCAUCUCAGCCUUCAGGAACAAGUUUGGAAGGCCCAACGAGGACUUCUACCGGCAGUUUGGUUCGGUCAUGGUGCGUCGUUAUGGUAAUGUGUCUGGCAGUUUACCAGAGACGGCUGCUGAGGCAUUUAAAGCAGGAGUCAAACCCACAUUUCAGCAGUUUAUCACGUACCUGCUGGAUCCAGAGACUGAGAGAGAGAGUGUGUUCAACGAACACUGGCGGCAGGUGUACCGUCUGUGUCAUCCAUGCCAGGUGAAGUACGACUUCAUCGGACGAUUAGAAACCCUGAAAUCUGACGCGGAACAACUGCUGAAGCUCCUGAAGGUGGAACACCUAGUACGCUUCCCUUUAGGUGCCCGAAACCUCACUGCUGUCAGCUGGGAGAGAGACUUUUUUGCACACAUUCCCUUAACAAUGAGGAGAGAACUGUACAAGCUGUAUGAAGCGGACUUUGAGCUGUUUGGCUAUCCCAAACCUGACAGCGUGCUCCACCAGUAGACCACGACGAGCCAAAGGCCUGGGCACCGCACUGUGUGUGGAGCCCACACCUCAACUACCUACGCACAGCCAGCAUAUGCCUUCAAAUACCAAUCUAUGAUGCUGUUUGUUUCAUUUGUUUUGUGCAUACCUCAAGUGAAAUAAGUGCCUGCUGGUAUUAUUUAUCAUUUCAUAUCUGAAGCACAAAAGCGCUGUAUUAUCUCAGCCUGUUUUCCCCAAGUUAAGGCACUUUGAAUAGUAUUUUGUGAGCAGUAUCUUGGAGAUGGAUGUUUCUGAGGGGAAAUUUGUUGCAGAAAAAUAAAUUUUUCUGAAAAUA